CACCUCUACUGCCUCCAUCAGUCGACCCCGUGCAACGCGGCUCGCCGGCCGCCGCGCGAAAAUUUACCCUCUGCCCGCCUCGAUCUGCGCGCGAUCCCUUUGUUUGUCUUUCCGCGACGCAGUCGUGUGUCCUUGGCGACUCGCGCCAUCACGGCCAGCCAUACAACAGGGUUCCUGCUUCAGCAGAGUGUGAUCGACGACGGUAGUAGCCGCGUAGAGCGUGUUUCGUUGCCACUUGUAGGAGGAGCGCGACCAGAAGAAGAGACAUUUGGUCCGGGACUGGAAAAAAGGUGAAAAAAAGAAAGAAAGAAAAAAAAGAAAAAGGUGAUAUCGAACGCGCGUGCGUGUGCAAGUUGAUCGGUGCGUAUGCUUGGAAAGGUCACGGUGAAUUAGACAGGCACAGAGGUAGCGCGAGAUACGGGGAGACGGCGUGGUUAGAGAGUGGAGGCGAACGGAGAGGAUUCCGCGCAAAAGCCGGCUCCACGGCCGGUCCCCCACUCGCUAACUUGUUGAGUCUCUCUCGGCAGGUGUGCUCCACGAAACUCUCUGCAGCGGAGCCAACCACGAUGACGAACCUCGCGUUCCUGCUUCUUCUUCUCUGCUCAAGUUCCGUCAGGGCGAACGUGUCCGCGCAGAGGAACAACGUGCACAACGAUCUCAAGGUGGUGGAGACCACCAGCGGCCUGGUUCGCGGAUUCUCCCGUACGAUACUGGACAAGGAGGUUCACAUAUUCUAUGGAAUCCCCUUCGCCAAGCCUCCGAUAGGGCCGCUCCGAUUCAGAAAGCCGCUACCCAUAGAACCUUGGCACGGAAUCCUGAACGCCACUGUGCUACCCAACAGCUGCUACCAGGAGAGGUACGAGUACUUCCCUGGCUUUCCAGGGGAGGAAAUGUGGAAUCCCAACACCAACAUCUCCGAGGAUUGUCUGUACUUGAACAUCUGGGUGCCGCAGAAGUUUCGACUGAGACACAAGGGCUCGGAGCCGCCGAACAACGGGGACAAGAACGGCCUGCCCCUUCUGGUCUGGAUCUAUGGAGGUGGUUUCAUGAGCGGCACCGCUACCCUGGACGUGUACGACGCGGACAUCAUGGCAGUCACCAGCAACGCCAUCAUCGCCUCCAUGCAGUACAGAGUUGGCGCUUUUGGGUUUCUCUAUUUGAACAAACAUUUCACCAACAGUGAAGAGGCUCCUGGCAAUAUGGGUCUGUGGGAUCAGGCUCUGGCGCUCAGAUGGCUCAGGGACAACGCGGCGGCCUUCGGAGGCGAUCCUGACCUCAUCACCAUCUUUGGCGAGUCCGCCGGAGGCAGCUCCGUGUCUCUGCACCUAAUCUCUCCGGUGACUCGCGGUCUGGUCCGCCGAGGAAUCCUCCAGAGUGGCACUUUGAACGCUCCAUGGAGUUACAUGACCGGGGAGAAAGCGAACGAAGUGGCCAGGAUACUGGUCGACGACUGUGGCUGCAACUCCACCAUGCUUCAGGAGAAUCCUGCCAGGGUGAUGGCCUGCAUGAGGUCCGUGGACGCCAAGACCAUCUCUGUCCAGCAAUGGAACAGCUACUGGGGCAUCCUAGGCUUCCCAUCGGCGCCCACCAUCGACGGAAUCUUCCUACCUAAAGAUCCUCUGGAUCUUCUCAGGGAGGCCGAUUUCAAGGACACGGAGAUUCUCAUCGGGAACAACAAGAACGAGGGCACGUACUUUAUCCUCUAUGAUUUCAACGACAUCUUUGAGAAGGAUCAGGCGAGUUUCCUGGAGCGGGAGAGGUUCGUCGGCAUCAUCAACACCAUCUUCAAGAACAUGUCCCAGAUCGAGCGAGAGGCCAUUACUUUUCAGUACACCAACUGGGAGGACCCGUACAACGGCUACAUCUACCAGAAUAUGGUGGCGGACGUGGUGGGCGACUACUUCUUCAUCUGUCCGUCGAUCCACUUUGCCCAACUGUUUGCGGAGCGCGGCAUGAAGGUCUACUAUUACUUCUUCACUCAAAGGACCAGCACCAACCUAUGGGGUGAGUGGAUGGGAGUGAUGCACGGCGACGAGGUGGAGUACGUGUUCGGCCAUCCUCUCAACUUGACCCUCGAGUACACGGAAAAGGAACGAGACCUGUCCUUGAGGAUGAUACUCUACUUCUCCAAGUUUGCCUAUUCGGGGAAACCGACUGAUGAGGAAGCCGACUGGCCGCCAUAUUCGAGGGACCGGCCGCAGUACUACAUCUUAAACGCGCAGGAGAACGGCCUUGGAAAAGGACCACACACCACGUAUUGUGCUUUUUGGAACGACUUUCUACCAAAGCUGAAGGGAGUGCCAGAUGUAACUCCGAAAGCCUGUAACAGCGCGAUAGCUUCGAGCGUGUCGGCAGGUGCGGAGGAUCUAGGCAACUCCCUGGCGAUCACGGCGCUGUCGUCGAUCCUGGUACUGUCGAGAGUCAUUUAAAGACAAUGCAAGGGGGACCGUUUAUCGAUCGACAGCCUUCUGAAAGCCAGCAAUCCGGGGUUCAAACAGUUGCACAGGUAUUAGGGCUUCGUUCACGGUCCAGGAUCUCGUUAGUGGUUAACACCCUGCUAAUCGUUUGGGUAGAUCAAUGGGUCCCGGCUUACCCAUUGCCGUCGAACGACCACUUUUCUCCCUCCCAUAGACAAAACACGAAAAAAAAAAUAUAUAUAUAUAUCUAUACAUCGAGGAAGAGAGAGAGGAAGAAGAAGAUAACAAGAUUCCAAUCAGAGAUUUGCGAGAGUUUCGAGGGAACAGAGAUUUCUGCCUAAACUUUGCAUAAGCAAGAUCCGGCUAUUCGCGAAGCAGAUUCGUUAAGGCUUCGUGGAAAAAACCUGAAUCGCGGCGACUUAAUGGCCAGGGCUGGAAGAUUGAUGAACCGAGAAAACGAGGACAGCCUAACGAGUUACGUCGCUCGAGUGUCUCCGACCGGGGACUGGGGCUGGAUGUGCAAAAGGUUGAACUAUCGAUUCCUCUUGCGAAGACCGCGGCAAGUCCCGCGGAGGUCGGGUCAAAAAGACCCGAAGGAUGGCUGCAGGCGUGAAAACUCUCGAUGGACCAGUGGUUUAGAAUUGGGCUAACUGUCGAUCGCCCCGAAAAUACCGGUGACCGCGGGGAUUUGAAUAAAAAUGGCGGGCCAUUCGCACGGACAUGGAAUUUGCAUAAAUAAUAGCGGAACGCGGGCCGGAUCGAUACCGUGACAGGGUAGGACGUGUUGCAGGGCUGGCGUAAACACCAGCCGCUAUUAACCACCUGUUCGUGCAAUCGAUGGCUCGUGACACAAAAGUUUCAUUAGUAAAACGCAACAAGUGCUCCGGUUUUACAUAAGAACGGCCGCGCGGGGAUCCUGGAUCGCUUGGACCCGCUCCAAAAUCUUGGCAACAAUCUCUGCUCGUCGAAGAACGCAAGCUCGGAUGACCGGUCGUCUUGGCCCUGGGUUGUUAUUGCCUUUUAAACCGUUCAAAAGAGCCGCGGAACGAUUUACCAGGAGUUUCCAAGUGAAAUUGCAUUCGGAAAGUUUGCCCGGUGAGAGAGGCGAGGCGAAUUCAGACCUUUGAAGCAUUUCUGCGAACAGACGGCAAACGGGUUGCGAAGUUGCCAGAACGAAGGGAAUUCCUUGGUCAAAACACCAAGAUUGAGAACACUCCGGCGUUUCUUCAAAGACAGAUCAACCAACGACCAAGUCCUCGUAAGAUGGAAAAGAGCGGAGGAAGUGGAUCUGUGACCGCGGCGGUUUCAACUAGACCAAUUAGACCACCCCAAUCGACUGCAGUGGAAAGAGUUCCUCCGUGGCAAAGCAGAAUCGAGAAACAGCUCCGUUUGAAAACGUACCACUGAUGCCAACGCGAUACUCGAGAAAGUAAAUGGAAACCAAUCCGGGGAAAGGUGAAAUUCUUAAUGAGACACUCGAUCCGAGCGAGUGAUCAAACGGAGCAUGAAUCAAGCGUAAGGAGGUUUCUAAAUCGGGAUUCUCGAAACCGGUCGACCGUUGAAAACCGGCUUUAAGGAUUCAACGAAGAGGGUUCUUGAAAAUUCAACGGGUUAAGUGCAGACUGAUGUCCUCGUGGUGGCUCGAGAACACCUUCAAAUCGGGGAGUGCCAUUUGCUCGUCGAAACGAAAGACAAGCAAGUGGUGGGUAGAAGAAGGGGAAGGGAAAGAGGAGAAGAAGAGGGAAAGAUCGUGUCAGUUUCCCGAGGAAUUUACGCUUCGCUUGUCCGCUCCGCAAAAUUGGACAAACCAGGCUCUCUCUGGCAACCUUCCCAACCUCGGCAUCGUUAUAAAUAAAUUCCCUGUCUCGCCGGCGCGUACCAUCGCUCGCCGGAAGUCGCCGUUCUUUCACACCGAAUCCGCACCGCUUCGAAUGUCACGUGAUCCGCUCGACCGAAACGAUCCACCGUUUCUUCGACCUCCGACACUUGGUCGGACUAAUCUUGGCCAGAAGUGUGGCAAAAUGGGAUUUUUGAAAAUUGCACUCGGAGCCUGCUUUCUCUUGACGAAAAUAAUCGAUUUUGGAUAAGUAAUCGGAGGAGAUUAAUCGAUGUGGUCUCUGGAAUGUUAUUAUAACCAUUGGUUCUUCGGAGAGAGGCAAACUUUAACGCCAUCUGUCGUUGGUUGAAUAUUCCAUGCGAAAUCUGUUUGCUCUUAACGAGUAGAAUUGAUUUUCGAUAAAUUAGAGGCAGAAAUUAAUCGAUGGUGAUUCAUAGAAAAUUAUUGAAUCGUUGGUUCUCUGCAGAACAUUAACGCCAUCUGUCUGUGCUCGAAGUCUGCUUUUGACGAAUACAAUUGAUUGUGGACAAGUUGAAAAAAGAGAUUAGUCCAUGUGAUUUGUGGAAUGUUAUUAAAUUGUUGGUUCUUUGGAGAAAGGCAAACAUUAACGCCAUCUGUCGUUCGAAACUCUAAACAGUAACGUGUCCACUCUAUACACGCUGUAAUCUACGUCGCGUUGUUGGAAGCUCCCUCGAUUCCACCUCAGCACUUUGACCACAAUUGUGAAAGGAUUGUAAAAUGGAAAAACUAGUCACCGGGACGUUCCCGGAAGAAGAGAAGUGAACGAUUUCAACGACGAGCGUCUUUCGAUCGACAAUAAAUCUUUGCUGAACAAAGAAGAUUAACUCCACGGCCUAAGGGAGGAUCUUUCACGCGAAUAAUCGUUUCUCAUCGAUCUAUGCACCACCUUUUUCUAGCGAUGUCGAAAUUAUUGUCACCCCAAGAUCGUCGAGGACGUCUGACAACGCGACCUCGGUCUUUUAGCAAGGAGUACCUGCAUUUCGAAAAUAAGACAAAAUUCCUUGGAAAUCUCUGCUCGAAGCUCGGCGCCUCAAGUUUCAAAACUAUCCUACACCCUCUCGAAAUUAUUCUUCAUCUUGCGAAAUACCGUUGGAUUCCCAUAAAAGUGCUGGCAGUUUUACAGGUUCCAAGGACCCAUAGAAGGGAUGAAACUUUCGAAAGCAAGGACCAUGGGCAAGAACAAAAACGAACACGAAACAUAAGACACCUUUGAUCUGGACUUUCAAGAUGGGCACAGCUAACAUGACAAUACCAGUCGAUGAAGUAACCGUAGAUAAAUUAAAUUGCUACAAAAUAUUCAAAAGAACAAAAAAAAAAGAAAAUAUAUAGAGGGAAGUACUAAGUGAUGCACGAGUAUUAGCAGUGAGGAAAUAAUCUGUCGUAUCUAUGUAGAGAGGGAGGAAAAGGAAAAGUGAGAUCUUAUGAUCCAUUGGAAGAGAGGCAGUCCAGGUCAAACUCGAGCGACUCUCGAGAGCCGGAGCGAAUGUCAAGGGUGCACCGCUAAAAUGGCAGCAUUCAUUAAAGAAACAGGGGAGGGGGAAAAAAGCUUGGGAAAUUUUAAACAAGAACAAGUAAACUAAAAAAAGUGGGAAAAUAACGAGAAGUUUCUUUAUUUCAGUCAAUUCUCAACUAUCGUACACUUUCUCUACCUUCGAACACAAACUUUGUAUCGAUCCUCCCCACGUGCAACCGGAAGGAACGCAACGAAGAAAGAACGCUCCCUCGAAUCGAAACGCGAGCACAUGGACAAAUAAUUUCGUUUCGUUUGCCCGGAUCUUUCACAUCCGGUUUCCUGGAAUUCAAAAAAAAGAAAAAAGCAGAAAUGAAACCAAAAAGGGCUUGUGCACCCCUGAAGCAUGAAAGGAUAAGGAGUAACUCAGAAAAGAUGAGGGGAGAGAGGGGGGAAAAGCGACUUUUCAACUUCUUCGCACGGCUGCCAGAUAUUACUGAGGAAACGAAACCAAAAAGAUAAGAAACAGAGACACACACGAAAAGACACACGUAUACAGAAAAACUAAAAAAGAAAAAAAAUGGCACCUCGUGAAUUAAUCUCGUACACACGUUAAACAAGACAAGAUAGAAACUUAAGAGAUACAUUAAGCAAUGUAAAUAUACAUAUACAUAUAACGUAUAUAUACAUACAUAUCGAUCUAUACAUAUAUAUGUGGGUGUAUAGGAUCAAUAUAUGUAUAUACAUAUAAAUAUACAUGCAAGCUCUGUAUAUCUAAUUACGUGUGCCGUCGAGCAAAGUAGAUGUAAGGCAAUUUUAAGGCACCCGUGUAAUUUUUGCUCCGUGACGUAGGUGUCCACACAGCGACAUUCUAGACACAGUGAUCGAUUAAAAUAGAUAUACAUAUACAUAUAUAUACAACGUUUUAAGAGGCCAUCCGAUAAUUUCCGAGUCGCAAUACAACAGCCGCGAGAGCGCGCCGCGAUCGUUCGCGCGGGACGAGCCCAGACGAGUCUUGGUAAUAUUUUUUCUAUGAUUGAAUUCCAUCGUAGCGCAAUCCCUGAGAUAAAAUAGUAAUCGAACCAUAAAUUGUAAUAACGAGAGGGAGGGAUUCAUAAUCGACAGAGAAAUGCAGACCUAGUCGUGAUUGAAACUCAUUACAGCACUAUCCAUGAAAUAAAAUGAAGAGCGCUUGUAGAAAAUACCGUAAAUACCAAGAAACAAGUUUUUUUAGUAGGAAAAGCACACUUAUGCAUCAGUAUAGCCCAAAUUGAUGAAGAAAAAAUCCAGUAUGUAUCAUCUAUUAAUUGCAAAGAAAAAUCAAUGUUCCAUUCAUUUAUAUUAAAUAGAUGAUAUUCACAAAAGUCAAAAAUCGAUCAACUAAUGUGUAUUGAUUCUUUAAUUUUUGUAUAGUGGCGACAUUGUAACCCCAUCUUCCAGCAUUAUUAAUUACUAUUUAGAAAGGAAACUACGCUUCAAUUCUAUACUAAAAUAUUCUCUAUUAAUAUAUAGAACAUUUUCCAAGAGAGAGAAGCAAAUUUUUCAAUUCUGUCACUUGCUGUGUUUUCUAGAAAUACUCUUCAAAUAUUUUUCGAAUCAAAAAUUGUUGAGUUGGAGUUGGAAAUUCCGAGCGUGAAACUUUAAAGGUAAUAAAAUAAGCUUCGGGAAAAUAUACUCCCGUUUUAAAAGAUAACUGUUUAACACUGCAGGGUCUGGAAGCUUCCGCUGUCGACGUGAAAUCCUCUCGAAAAAAAAAAAAAGAAAAAAGGAAAAAAAGGUUCUCGAACGAGCUUAACAAUUGGAGUGUUAGAGGACUCGUGCUCGUCUCGCGGCAAACGGCACGCUGAAACAUGAAUCUUCCAUUUGGUACAUAUCACCUAUAUAAAUAUAUCAUAUAUAGCGAGAGUUGAUUCUAUCGUUAGAAAUCUUUUCGUAGUUAGAGCAUCGAGCGUUUAAUCACCGUGUGACAGCGCGUGCACACACUAAAAAAAAAAGACAAAAGAAGAAAAAAAAAACAGAGAACAAAGCACGAGCAGAGAGAAGAAGAGAAGGUGUGUGUGUGUGUGUAUGUGUGUGUUUGUGUGUAUGAAAAUGCGAAUGACAGAAGGAGAGAAAGGAUCUGGUAUUUUGAUUAAAAACGAGAGAGAAAGAAACAAAGAAGUAGUACGACCAUAUUUUCUACCAAAUGAUAUUGUUGGCUCUUAGACUAUCGUCUCAGGCUUUUCUCGAUAGUGGGCCUCGAUCAGUCACUAUUAAAGCUACUGUGUCACUCGUCGAUUAAAUUGCAACUUCGCCUAACGAAUUUUUAUUUCGUCGAGGAAAUAAAAGUCUUCGCUCGACCCUUGCGACAAGCAUCGUAUAUCGUAAACGAAUUCCGAGCCCCAUCCACACGAGGUAGGGUGAUCGUUCGUUAAAACGAUACCAAAGGAUCAGAAAGACAACAGGGUACACCUAUACGAAACAAAGCUCAAGCCUAAAACAGGCCUAAGAAACAAUUUUUCCCGCGAGAGACCUUAACCGAACGCCUAACUUAGAUCUAACCGAUGCCUAAGCUGAAACCUAACCUAAGCCUAAUUCUACGAUUCUAGCUUGUAACUUUAACCGGUGCCUGUUUUAGAUCUAACUGGUUUGGGACCUAAUCCAGACCCGUGAAUACCUAACCUCUGCCACUAUGCUCCUUUAUUCGAAGAACUCUUUGUCGCGAGUGAUUCGUAGCCUUUUUGGUGACACCAAUUCGACGCGCACCAUCGUUCCCAAGUAUCCAGACAGUCGGAUCGAUUUUUCAUUGAUCGAUGGCUGGGAUUUUCUGCUUAGGAAAUCGAAGAAGAAUACAUUUUUCUUACUCGAACGUUAAACGUGGUCAACGAUUUUAUCAAGCCGUGACAUAGGAAUGAUAAAAGAUAUCUUCUCGUACUUUAUUUGACAAAUUCGUCCCUGGAGAGAUACUGUGCGUUGCUGGAAACAAGUCUAACGUAAGAAAUGCGGAUAAGGAGUUGUUCUUUCAUAUAAAAACAAAACAAUACAGCAACGCAUAACGAUAAAAGAUAAGGGUCGACCUAACCCUAACUUAACCCUAACCUAACUUAAUCCUAGCACUAACCCUAACCUUAACCUCUCUUGCGCCGCGUCGCUAGUCUUCUUUUCAGCAAAACACUGUACAUGUAUGAAAUUAAGUAAGAAUUUGCGGAAGGCAAUCGAGCGUCCGGAUAUUUCGCAGCGAUGGCGUGUGUUCGUUAGAAAUUUAGGCGAGUAAGCGGAAGGACCGUAUACGCAUCUGCGGCGUCCAUGCGCACUCCUCUCAUUAACGGCUAAGCACGUCCUCACAUAUCAUUAGCUGAUUACCCAUGCGUCUUGUCGUGAAAACUUAAUGUUAGGAUUAGUGCCUCGACGUAAAACACGCUCGACCCAUUUCACACACCCUGCCCACAAGAGGAGACCUCGCGUUCUCAUUACUCGCGUCAAAUUAACUAAUCGACGUGUCCUCGCGGCUAUUAGCCAAUUAAGACGAUUAACGAUACGAUCAACGAUUAACAUUUCAAUCAAAUUGAGUGUUGGAUCGAUGCUGCUAUUUUUCGAACGUACGAAGGAAUUUCGAAUUUCUCGUCUAAAAAGGCUCAAAGUCUCUUUCUUCGUUGGUAUAUUGGAGAGAAAAAUUCGAUGAUAAAAAUUGGAAGUUAGAAGUUCAAUCUUGAUCUCUUCUCGGUGAAGAGCGAAACUUGCAAUUGGAGGGUUCAAUGGAAGCAGACUCGAGCCGCGCGUGUCCAUGUUACCUUCGAGAUCAAGCGAAGCAGGAAACGUUAGAUAAAAUGAUAAUCAAGCGUAGAACGCCGUUCGCGUGGAGGUCUGGGAACUGAAAUGGGUCAAUAUUUGUCUUUAGAUAGUUUGUUCCUGCGUGUGCAGCUCAUAGUGUAUAAUUGAUCGCGAUCGAUGCGUUCAGGAUGUCACUAGCGGGCGCGGUGAUGCCCCUGAAAGCACGCUGUUCCAGGAAUCCUUGCUAGCGUGGAACGGUGUAUACGGAAACAAGCCUUUCUCCAAUCAAAUAUCCGAUAUCCUUUCAGAGAAACAGUUCUUUUUCUUUUUCUCACUUCAGCCUUGUAGUAUUUUACACGCGCUCUUACUCCUACUUGUUCACAACUGUUUCGUUGUAACGUGAUAUGAUUAUAGUGAAAAUUACUUGUCGAUACGGAAGACGAGAUGUUUGACACUUUCGCUGUUACCGACGCAUACACUGCAUCAAAUCAGAGGUUAAUAACGGUUACCAUUUGAGGCUGUUAGAAUCUAAAGUAUUCAACUCGGCGUAAAAAAAAUAAAAUAAAAUAAAAUUUGCCAAUAUGGUGAAGCGCAUGAAUAUCCAGCGAAUUUUUCAAAUUUAUUUCUCGAGAACGGAGCUUCGGACGAAAAAUUUUCCUACUAUAUUUUUAACUCGAUGUUUUUCAAAUCCUGUUAUUAUCUUCGCUGAAAAAUAUGUGUAGAGGAUGAAAGUGGCGAAAGUGUAAAACAAGGCUCCGUAACACAGCGAUUCGCGAAGAGACGAAGCUUCUGAACUGGCCUAAUCGUUUCGAAGAAACGCGAGUAUAUCACUCGACAGAGCUAUUCCGUGUUUCGUAUUUCUGACUGUUCGUCGAAUAACGAGAAACAAGCGCAAGAACGAACACGAAGAGGAGAGGAAAAAGAGUAAAAAAGCGCCAACAAACCGCGAAUGAAAAGGGGACUUUUUUUCUUCCUCUUUUCAAUUAAAGAAAAUAGAUCCAACAGGUUAACGAAGAACGUGUCUACUGAGUCGAGGACCAAGCAAUAAAAUAAUGUGAAAAUUGCACAGACGCGAUAUUAUUGGAAAAUAUGAUAUUCAUAGUUCAAACUUACCUAUGCAGGGUGCAACGGGAAUAUUUGAGCUGGUUCUGGGGAAGGUUCCAAUAAUCAAAAUUAAUUGGCGGAGAACCUUUUGUCAUAAAAGAAUCCUUUGGGGACUUUCUUUUUCCAGAAAAAAAUUGGUGAGCUUCGAAAGUACAAAAGAAUUUUACAAUAACACAUACUGCACAACCGAGGACGUAAGAAAAUUCCGAUAAUUUAACAGACACGAUUCUGUGUGCGAUUCCUUCGCGUCUGUUCAGAUUAAUAUCCAGAGAAGAAACUAGUGAUAGAAACAUCGUUAAACGAAUUCUUCGAUACGCUCCUUUUAUAAUUACGAUGUCGAGAAACAUAACUCGAUAUUGAAUAAUCACAAUGAUAAAAAACAGAUUCGGGUAUCUACGGUAAAUUGAUCGAUAUAAAAAAAGAAGAAAAAAAAGAAAGAGACAUCACGUUGAUUUACCAUGUUUGCCCCUUAAUGGAUUAUCGAGAAUCGAAAAAAAGUAGAAGAAUGAAGGAAUCGAACGCGGUUAUUUCGCUAAUUAAAUGACUCGAUGGUGCGUGAACGUGAACGCUGUAUUUCAUUUCUGGGAGGUUGCCGGUGGUUUCGUUCAACGUCGAUGCGUUUCGACCGUGUGUAUCGAUAUUACGCGCGACCAUCGUGCCGACGGACGCGUGAAAACCAAUCCCGUGGAAUUCAUUCGGCGUUUUCUCUCGGCCGAGUAAUUAAGAAUUUAUCAAUUUUCAUUCGGAAUAUUCGGUGAUGUUUCAUUUUUCAUUCGCCUGUCAGCGGAGAAUGGGAGAACCGCGAAAAUACAGAACGACUAUUUGCACGGCUGGGCCUAAUAUUUGGUGCGGUUGAAACGACAAUUAAUCGGCACUUCAGUCGCAUGCAAUUCUUUCAAAACAUUGUUCUAUUUCAUAAAAAUAAAUUUCAAGAUUCUCUAUAUCCUAUAUUCGUAUCGUGAUAGUUUAACGAUAAUGGAUUAGUUGAUUGCAUUGAAAGUUCGUGUCCUAACCUCUUAAUGUAUGAAAGUCAUUGGUUUUAGACUCCGUUUCUCGUACAGUUUCAGAAAUCGUUUACGUCCACAUUAAAGAGAUGAAAUGUAUCUAAGUUGGAACUUAAUCUACGAAUGAGAACUAACUUUCAGUCACGAUAAAUCGCGUAAAACACUUCAUUUACGUGAACGCAGCUUUCUACCGAUUAAGAAUCUAACCUUCGCCCAACUAAACCUAACCUAACCUAACUAAUCAAUGCUAAUUCGUUCUAAAUACAAAUUCAUUUCGCCCGGGUCUUUCUACCGCCAAUCUUUUCUCAGCUUAUUGCCUGGUCCAAAUGAAAUUCGAAGCAGAAUCAAAAUUAUCAAUUAUUCGAACGCAGGUCCAACUUACGAGAAGCAAACUAUUAUUUAACUCCCAGACUAGGUCGAACUUAACCUAACCUGACUCCUGUAUCAACUCUUAAUCUGACUGCAUCUAACUCGCGCUUAACAGCUAUCGAUCAGAAAAGUAGCGGAGAGCAAAGGAAAGGCGCGGUGUUCUGAAACGGAAGAGAAGAAAAGGAAAAAAAUGUGGGAGAAACAGGUGGUGGUGACGGUGAUGCGGGGGUGGAGCCAAAGGUGCAGCUGUAAAGCGACUAAAACGUACGACAUAGUACUUCUCUACUGCCUGUACUACCAGAAUACGAGAGAAAAAGAAGAAAACGAUAACGGGGAAAGCAACGAGCCGUUCGCAUGAAAAAAGACAACGACAAAGCGAAAACGAGGAAGAUGAGAGUGGUACUUAACCGAGAGAGAGGCCGAGGCUAGCGUAGGGCUGUACCACUGGGAAAGUAGUAGCGGCACAGCGAAUCCGCUUAAACUGGGAGGAAAAAGCGAAAGAGAGACGAGGUUCUCUAUAAAACCGGUGAGAGCCAGGGAAGGAUACGUAAAACGCUGACUGCGAAUGCGAAAAGAGGAAAAAAUAGCAUGAAAAUAGAAAAAGCAACGGAACCAGAUGUCCCUGCGUCUAUUUCCAUCGAUCGUUUCCGGAGAUCGAACUGAAGUUUCCCUUUCUCGGAGAUUUUCUUAGGUCUCCUGCGGUCGCGGAUUGUCAAGACGAAAAGUCAGUUGAACUAUGCAAAGAUCGAUGAUCAGACCGCGGAUGUUUUUACAGAUAAAAAUUCCUACGAGGGUAACUUCGUUUUUUUAUAAAUAAGUAGAAUCUAUACAAAGAUUUGUUCAACCAUUUAACGUUGCAAUAUAAAAAUUAUCAUAAUUUAAGAAACGCGUUAUUUCAUUAAUUCUUAUUUUUCAAUGACACGUUUUUACCUCUGGCUUGUAACGUUUCGUUUCUAUAGUGUUACGUUUUUAUGACGAUUCGAAGGUAUCAUUAAACGAUACUAAAUGAAGGGGGAAUUUAUUGUAAUCGAAAAUAAUUAACUAGUACGUAAUUUGUACUGUAUUUUACGUACAGUAGCCACUGUAUAUUUUCUAUGCAUUUUUGCAUCUCCCAAUUCUUCGUGAAUUCAUAGAAAUCCGCAGUCUGGCAAUGUUUCUAAAAAUUCGCGCUUUGGAAACACCGACGUAGUUGAUCGGAAACGCCUGUACAAAAUAUCGUACGAUCGACGCUCGAUAAUCUCAUUAUUAAAAAGAAGAAUGUAAUAUUCCGGAUCGACAUGAAAAUUCAAAUUACGUCGGAUUCUAACGUUGGUCGAGCGUUUCAUUGUUGAUAAAUUGACAAAAAAAAAAAAUUUCGUUUAAAAUUACCAAGAAUCCCCGCAUCCUUACUGACGAUAGAUAAAAUGAAUGAGAUUAAAGAAGAAAGUCGAUAGCAGCUAAAGAGACUGAUGCAGCGUACAAAGGAGAAAUUUGGACCGCGAGCGAAAGGGAAAGUUGCGAUCGAAGGUGGUAGAAGUGUUUCGUCGGGAUGUUUCGCGGACACAAGUUAAAAAUAGAGGCUGACGUAUCGGCGUUCGUGGCAAGUCGAGAGCCGCCUAAAUUAUUCCGCCCGCAGAAGAGGAAAUUUCACGCUCUUUUGCUUCCUUCUUUUUUCAUCCCCGUCAGCGCGCACCUAAGUGAAAAAGAAGGAGAGAAGGGAAAAAAAGAAACGCGGAGAAGGGCGCAGCAAGCCGCGAGGCUCGGUAUACUUUGAGGCGAAGAUGGAAACGGUGAAAAGAACAGAUGAAUACGAGUGCAUACAGGCACACACCUGGCUUACCCCCGAGCACGCUUCAAAGCCACCCCUUUGAUCGUUUCCGCGGGGCAAACUCGACCUAAGUGGGCCAACAGCCGGAUUCCGAUCCAACAAACAACGAUCCCUGCUUUAUUUUUCCAUGGAAUAUCUGCCACUCUUAUGAAAAAUACGACAAAUUGUUCAAUAAUAAACGUGCAGAAUGUGACACGUCUCGUUCGAUUUGACGUGUACCGCCGCGUAAAGCGAAAAGGGAGCAUCUGCGACUUUCGUUUAAGCGAAGUUGUUGCUGCCAGAUAGAACGGAAAUAAUUUAUUUAUAUGCGUAUGAAACAAGGAAAGCGAAGAUACACGUAAGAAUGUUUUAUAUUUUGGACGUAUGUGAAAUCGACGAUUGCUUGUUAAAUGAUAAAAGUGAUUUUCCUGGAAACCAGCCUUCGACCAGAUACGCCUGUUUGAAUUAACACGGCAGUAUAAUAGUUUAAUCGUAACUGUAUCCAGCAUGGUGAGUCGUUCGCGUAGAUUCAUUUAUCGAUCAUGCUGAAGGAAAUUAGAUUCUCUUGCAUCCGAUAGCUUCGGACACGUGCAACGCGAAUAAUGCAGGGGACGGUAAGGAAAUAAUGCAAGGGAUGGGAAGAAGCGUUAAUCUCUUCGCUGAAUCAAAGGAAGACAAGACCAGCGCGCCAACACGUUUUAGAGACUUUCAUGCCAAUCGUUGUGUGCUCAAUAAUUCUGACGCCUUUAAUAGUCCCUUUAAACAAAGAACCAUCGUCUUUUUAUCAGAGAAUUUAAGGAAAGGUUUUCUUCAGAUAUAUCUUCGUAGAGUUCUUCGGAUUCUCUUCGAAUUUUCUUUUAUCCUCCUUUGCCUGUUUUUUCGAAUGUCUUCUAUGGUUCCCAUGUUCCACUGCAUUUCGAGGUGUAAGCAAACGAGGAAAUAAAAUAAAAUAAUAUAAAAUAAAAUAACAAAAUAAAAUAAAAUGUGCUCAACGAAGAUAACCUCUCUUCUCCAUAUAUAUGCUUUAGUCGCGUGUCAGGAUAGAAAGAGGAGAACAGCAUAGUUUUCCAGAGAGAUGAGGGAAAAAGGAAGGAAACUUCACUUUGUUUUAGUACGCUAAUUAACGACUAUCAUAGUGGACAGAAUCGUGCAUGUCUGUAUAUAAUAUAUAUAAUGAUAUAACACCAUAUGCAGACAUAUUCUAUAUAUAUAACUGAUUUUUAUAUAUUAUAUAUAUUAUAUAAAACGAUAUAUGUUAUAUAUAAUAUGAAUAUAUAUUAUAUAUAUAUAUAUAUAUAUAUAUAUAUAUAUAUAUAUAUGUAUGUAUGUACGUAACAAUGCACUUGCACGGAGUGCUCGCGCUUUCGCUUUUCGUCGACGAGAAUUCGAGGUAAAGAAAAAGAGGAGCACAGGCUGAAACAGCGAAAGUCGGAAAAUUAAGGAACAAGAAAAAAAAACAAAAAAUCGCCCAAAAAAAGAAAAGGUGUAGAAGAGGAAGGGAUGUUAACGGAGCAAAAAAAAAAAAAAGAAAAGAAGACGAAAGAGGGAAGAAGAGUAUAUAAAGAGCAAGGGUGAGAAUGAAACCGUGUGUAUGCGUGCGUGAAAGAAUGUACUACGAGAAUAAAACAUGCGAGAGAGAAAUGGGAGAACAAAUUCUGUGAAAUUGUGCGUCGCGUUAAACGUUGUUAGGUUACGAAGAACAAAAAUAAAUAAAAGAUAAAGAUAUUAUAAAUGUUACACACCGUUGUACGUAAUGAUUAAAUCGAAACCAAACCAAAAAGAAAAAGAAAAAAAAAAGAAAAAAAAAUGAAAGAGGAAGAGAGCAGAGAAAUGAUGCUAUGUAUAAGAGAAAUUAAUGUAGUUACAAUGAAAUAAACGAUACGACGAUUACUACAA